GGGUCCAGGAAGCGGAGAGAGCAGCGCUGUACCGGUGGGUUGAGGGUAACAUGGCGGUGCAGUGGUGGCGCUGUUGGAGGGGGCAUGGGGCAUUUACAGGGGUAAUAGACGCUGUUUGUGGGGUGAACCGGAGACCGGUGACUGCAGGGGCGAGAGGAACCGGGGCUGGGUGUUUACUUAAAGAGGUGCUGCUUCCUGUCAGACACACACACAACUCCAUCAGACCCAGUGCUUUUACAGGGUACAGAAGUCGUUAUCUUUCCCCCGUGUCCCGGAGCUGCUGCUGCUGUAGGAUUCACAGUGACGCAAAGUUAAAAGAUCCUUUUUCUCUCGCCCAGGAGGAUCUGACAAAUCUGUACGAGGAUAUUAAAAAGCAGCUACUGGUGUCCAGGGUGGAGCUGAAAGCACUGUGUGAUUAUUACUUUGAUGGGAAGGGAAAAGCUUUCCGGCCCAUGAUCGUGGUGUUAAUGGCCCGAGCCUGUAACAUUCACAGCAACAGAGACGGGGAUCUGCUCCCGGCCCAGCGCUCCAUCGCCAUGAUCUCGGAGAUGAUCCACACGGCCAGCUUGGUGCAUGAUGAUGUCAUCGAUGGUGCAGAUAUAAGGCGAGGAAAAACCACUAUUAAUGAAGUGUGGGGGGAGAGGAAGGCCAUCCUGGCUGGAGAUUUCAUUCUGUCUGCAGCGUCCAUGGCCCUCGCGCGCAUUGGGAACACCUCCGUCGUGUCUGUGCUCUCACAAGUUAUAGAGGAUCUGGUAAGAGUCUCUCCCUCUCAGGUGAAUUCAUGCAGUUGGGAUCUAAAGAAAACGAGAGCGAGCGAUUUAAACACUACCUCGAAAAGACGUUUAAGAAGACGGCGAGUCUUAUCGCUAACAGCUGUAAAGCAGUAUGUCUCCAUCCUGGUGAACUCUGACCCCGAGGUGCACGAGAUCGCCUACCAGUACGGCCGCAACGUGGGCAUCGCCUUCCAGCUGGUGGAUGACAUGCUGGACUUCACGUCCUGCGCUAAUCAGCUGGGGAAGCCGUCAGCCGCAGACCUCAGGCUGGGUUUGGCCACCGGACCCGUACUCUUCGCCUGCCAACAGUUUCCAGAGCUCCACUCUAUGAUUAUGAGACGUUUCGGUUCAGAUGGAGAUGUCGAUCGGGCCUGGAGAUACGUCCUGGAGAGCGACGGUGUGGAGCAGACGAAUUUCCUCGCCCAGCGUUACUGCCACGAGGCCACGCGUCAGAUCAGCCGUCUGCAGCCGUCCCCCGAGCGAGACGCUCUGAUCCGCCUCACUGAGCUCGUCCUCAACCGGGACAAAUAAACCCGGGACCUCCAGAGCUUCACUACAGGCAGCUACACACCGUACUAUCACACACACACACUCUCAGCAGGGUGUCUCGUUUUCUCUUGUCUCGUCUGGUCUCGUCUUGUCCGGUCUGACUCCGCCCACAGCUGGAUGGACACUUGCUGUCUUGUCUGGGACAGGGAUCGACACCUGCGCCUUAAAAUCUCACCCAGAAACGCUAACCGAAUCCAGCGUACCAUGCUGGAGGCCACACUCUUCAUGAAAUGUUAACAUUUUUGGGUGAAAUAAGAGAUCUUCAACAAUAUUUACAUUGUCGCUCUACUGUACUGUACCGAACGUGUCCUGUUCCAUAGAAGCAGGGUAUUAUGGGAUACGAGGACGGCUGUCAGGAGGCUUCACCGUUACUCACGUGACUGAACGCAAAUCUUACAGAUGCUUCCGGAAAGUCCGUCCAUCCCAAAGACGAGGCCAAAUCAUGACGUGUGUUAGAAAUCUAAUAGAUCCAUGGAUGAUGAUGAUGAUAUUUAUGAAAUUGUACAUCAACAAACAUGGCCUUAAAUCCAUGACGACUGAUUAAACGAGAUAUUUUUUAAGCUAAA